GUAACCACAUUGUGUUUCUUGUUUUAUCAAAACAAAAACGCUUCAUCAUGAGCUCUGACAACAAAAAUGAUGAUUCCGACCGAUUGUUCUGGCAAAACUCGACUUCUUACGAUGCCAGCAGCAAGAUCAUGCUCGGCACCAUCGUUUUCUUCUCUAUUAUAAUCAUAAUCGUCUUCCUUUAUUAUCUCUACGAAAAAUUCGUUAUCCGCCGCCGUAGAUCCACCUUCCAAGACCUCUCCUUCUCCGUCGCUUCUCAUCCGCCCAAACGUGGCCUUGACAAACUAGUCAUCGCUUUUCUCCCAACGUUCGUGGUUGGAGGCAAGAAUGACGUGGCGGGUACGGAAUGUGCGGUUUGUCUAAGCUUGUUGGAAGAGAAAGAUAACGCGAGGAUGUUACCAAACUGCAAGCAUGUGUUCCACGUGACUUGCGUUGACACGUGGCUCACCACGCAGUCCACUUGUCCCGUUUGUCGAACUGAAGUCGAGCCAAGUCAUACAAGGCUUGAGCCUGAGCCUAGGGAAGGGCCAGUUGGCGACGUUGCACCACCGUUAGAUUUAGCGGGGACGGAUAACAAAACAGGCGGGUCAUCGGUUUUGAGGUUAGACUCGUUCCGGAGGAUUUUGACAAGGGAAAGAUCUUCGAACAGGCUCGAUCAUUCUCGCGUUGACCAAGAUCGUGAAUUAUUGGAUAUAGAAAGACAAUGAAAUCAAUAUAUAGUACGCCGGUUAAAAAAAUGUAUAUUAAUCCAUGAACCAUAAUGCUCUUUGUUCCUUUAACUUUUUAUUGUUGUUACCCAAAUCAAUUUGUAUGUGUAAAUAUAAUGGCACACUUUUU